UGGCUAACAGCUGUUCCUCAUGUAAUGCACUAAAUUAGCUCAAAACGCGUUUUGGACGUUUGUGACGUGUUGUAUUUUGUAAAUUAUGUUUUAACAUAAUUAAGUUAAUUAAAUUCGAACUCAUUCGCUGGCAUUUUAAUAUUCAAACACAGACAACAUGUUAACAUUGCGAGAACGGCAAAUAAAUGCGAUUAAGCAAAUGCUUAAUUUAAACUCGCAGCAGCCAAAGGCAAUGGCUGCGGAGCCCGUGUGGAAGAUUCUCAUAUAUGACCGCGUUGGCCAGGACAUUAUAUCGCCCAUCAUAUCCAUUAAGGAGCUCCGCGAACUGGGCGUGACGUUGCAUGUGCAAUUGCACUCGGAUCGGGACUCCAUACCAGAUGUGCCGGCUGUAUACUUUUGCCUGCCCACGGAUGAAAAUCUCGACCGCAUCCAGCAGGACUUUUCCAAUGGCCUUUAUGACAUCUACCAUCUGAACUUCCUGGCGCCCAUCACACGCAGCAAAAUUGAAAAUCUGGCGGCGGCUGCCCUGCACGCCGGGUGCGUGGCGAACAUUCAUCGGGUCUAUGAUCAGUAUGUGAACUUUAUCAGCCUGGAAGAUGAUUUCUUUAUACUGAAGCAUCAGCAGAGCGAUCAGCUCUCCUACUAUGCCAUCAAUCGUGCGAAUACGCGCGACGAGGAGAUGGAGGCACUGAUGGACUCGAUUGUGGAUUCACUUUUCGCGCUCUUCGUCACGCUGGGCAACGUGCCCAUCAUUCGCUGUCCACGCAACAGCGCUGCCGAAAUGGUGGCCCGCAAGCUGGAGAAGAAGCUGCGUGAGAAUUUGUGGGAUGCGCGCGCCAAUCUCUUUCACAUGGAUGCCACACAGGCUGGUGGCGGCGUUUUCAGUUUUCAACGUCCUGUGCUGCUGCUGCUCGAUCGCAACAUGGAUCUGGCCACGCCGCUGCAUCACACCUGGUCAUAUCAGGCGCUGGUGCACGAUGUGCUCGACCUGGGCCUGAAUCUCGUCUACGUGGAGGAUGAGGCGGCAGCUGUCAGCACGGGUGCACGCAAGAAACCCAAGGCCUGCGACCUGGAUCGCAGUGAUCGUUUCUGGGUCACGCACAAGGGCAGCCCGUUUCCCACGGUCGCAGAGGCCAUACAGGAGGAGCUCGAGUCCUAUCGCAAUUCGGAGGAGGAAAUCAAACGCCUGAAGACCUCCAUGGGCAUUGAGGGCGAAUCAGAUAUUGCCUUUUCGUUGGUCAACGAUACGACUGCUAUGCUGACCAGCGCCGUCAAUUCGCUGCCUCAACUGAUGGAGAAGAAGCGUCUCAUCGAUAUGCACACCAAGAUAGCCACAGCUAUAUUAAACUGCAUUAAGGCGCGACGGUUGGACUCUUAUUUUGAGAUCGAAGAGAAAAUCAUGUCCAAGCAAACGCUGGAUAAGCCGCUGCUGGAGCUGCUGCGCGAUGUUGAGUUUGGCCAGCCAGAGGAUAAGCUGCGUCUGUACAUCAUUUACUAUAUUUGCGCACAGCAGCUGCCCGAGCCGGAGCUGGAGCGUCUGCGUGAAGCGCUGCAAUCCGCCGGCUGUGAUCUAACCGCGCUCGCCUACGUCCAGCGCUGGAAAUCCAUUAUGAACCGCUCGCCGAGCAUCAGUCAAGCCACACAGUACGAGGGCGGCGGCACCAGAACCGUUUCCAUGUUCACCAAGCUUGUCUCGCAGGGCAGCUCCUUUGUCAUGGAGGGUGUCAAGAACUUGGUUGUCAAGCGACAUAAUUUGCCCGUGACCAAGAUAACGGAACAGGUCAUGGAAUGUCGCAGCAAUGCCGAAACAGAUGAUUAUCUCUACCUGGAUCCCAAGCUGCUAAAAGGCGGCGAUGUGCUACCCAAGAAUCGUGCUCCAUUCCAGGAUGCUGUUGUCUUUAUGGUCGGCGGCGGCAAUUAUAUUGAGUACCAGAAUCUAGUGGACUUCAUCAAGCAGAAGCAAACGUCCAAUGUGCACAGACGCAUCAUCUAUGGCGGCUCCACGCUGACCAAUGCGAGGCAAUUCCUCAAGGAGCUGUCCGCACUGGGUGGUGAAAUACAGACGCCCUCAGCGAGUUAGGAGUGGCUGCUUAACUUUCACUGCUGCUAAGCGGCCGGGGAUGAGGACGAGGAUGAGACAACAACAAGAACUGUGUGUGUGCGCAUGUGUGUAGCUUUUUCUUAUAUAUAC